UUAAAAUUCAGAAAGCAUUACCUUGAAGUGAUUUAGAUGGUGGUUCUUAAUUAUUUUUUUGAAAUAGAAAAUUAUUUUAAUUUCUGAAGAUAAGCAUUUGGCCUGGCCACAUUUUUCUUGACAACUGAUGAAAUAGGAUGCGUGCCUGUGUAAUUUUUAUAGGUGCAGUAGCACCCUCAGGCUAUGACCUGUUUUUCCCUAUGGGUCACCAGAAUAUGACUUUAUUUAGAAAAUAAAAGAUAUGUUAUUGAGUUAAGUUAAUUUUAUCUCUUUGUAUCCUGUUUGCUAACAUGUUAGUACAGAGUAAUUAAGCGUAGUGGGCACCUAAAGGGCUCAGUGUUAACACAGUACCCGUCUUCUCAUGUAGUUGUAGUCCCUUUGUCUUUAUCAGUGCCCUGCUGCUCCGUAUGUUCUCAGUAAUUACAGUAACCUUGUCUUCUUAUUAUGUGCUAAUUAUUGCUUUAGUCUGGUAGUUUAACCCUAUUCGGAAGAUAAAAGCAUCUCGGAGGUUGAAGAGGACUUGAGCCUUGGCUAGCAUCUAAGUAUGACAGGAAUUUGUGCAGGAUGAACACACCUCGUCUAAAACUUCGAGAUCCAAAAUGCUUCAAAAUUGAAAUGUUUUGAGCACUGACUUAAUGUCACAAGUAGAGAUUUCCACACCUGACUGCGUCUGGACCAAAUGCAUGUGUACUAAAAUAUUGGAGACUGCUGUGCCUUCUGAAGCACUCCAGUCUUCACCUUCACCUUUGACAUUGUCUUCUGGCUUCCAGUGGAGACUCUUCAGCCUCCCAAGUACUGGGAUUACAGACAUGCACCACCAUGCCUGGCCCACUCAAGAAGUCUCCUGGGCUCCAAGGUGUCUGGGUCGAAGCCCGCCUGCUGCCUUAAGUCUGUGUUCAGAAGAGGAAGAGAGAUUGGUCUUCAGAGUCUGAGGAGGAGCUGCAGGAGGGCCUGCUGGGUCUCUUCUUAGAGGCCUUAGGCUAGCUCCCUGCUUGCUGCCUCCGCUGCCUGUCCAGAAGAAGCAGAAGGAUGCCUCACUUGAAGAUUCAGAAUCAGAGAGGGAACAGGAGGAGCGUCCCCAGGGGGUUCUGACUCAGCCCUGAAGGGCAAUCCCAGCCUCUCACCUCAGUCCUGUGGCCAGGAGUGGAAGAGGGAGUGGUCACCGAGGCUAAGGAGGAUGAGCAGGGGCGAAAGUCCCUGUGCUUGGACUCAGCCCCCAGGGAAGACAUCAGGCUCCCGCAAGAGGUGGGGGGAGUAUCUGUGCCUGUCGGGGAAGAAGCAGCAGGUACCAUCACCACGGCUAGGCCCGUGCCUUUAAUGCACACAAGUGUUGUGGAGAAGCCUUGUGGCCUCAAGAGGAAGAAGAGGAAGCACCUGUCCUCAGUGCUGCCUGAGCACCACGAGGCCUUCACCAAGCUGCUCGAGGACCCUGUCAUCCAGGGAUUCCUGGCCUGGGACAUAAACCUAAAGGCCUCUGACAAGAACUUCUUAGCCACAGUCAUUGCCCACUUCAGCUGGGCCGGCCUCUUCCCCUGGCAGUUCCAGAGGAUCCACUUCUUCCUGGCGCUCUACCCGGCCAACAACAUGGCGCAAGACAACCAGGAGCCUAAACUACACACGUUCUUCUUCCCCUAUGGGACGAAUUUCCACAAGAUCCCCCAGUUCCAGAAGGUGCACUCCCAGUUCACCCGCUGCAUGGACUGGAAGCUCAGGGUGACUGAGAGGAGUGUGAGGAGAUCAAGCUUACAACCAACCCUGUGCUCUGGGUGUGGGGCUGAGAUCGCACCCUCACCCCGGGACCCUGGAGCCCUGAGGACGUCGGCUUCGAAGAAGUGGCCGGGGAGCAAUGAAGCAGAGUCACCUCAGCUCACUCCCCAGAGCCAGAGAGCCCAUGGCGGAACCAUGGGGGACGAGUCUUCCUCUGGCACCAAGAUUCCUGUGAAUUAGAAGCUGGACAUCUGCUAUUUUUAUAGAGUUGGUUCUCCAUAGCCUUGAUAGCAAUUGGAGAUGCCCUGUAGAGUGUCAGGGAAUUAUUUAAAAUAUACCAGUAGAUCCAUAGGCACGUCAAAGAUUCCUUUUCUAUAUUGUAUAAACUGUAUUGGUUUAUUGUAAAAUUUGCCCAGAGAAAUAUUACUAUAUAUAUUUGAAGUGAGAUAUUAUGCAUACUUGUAUUCCUCUUAAAGUGUUUUGAUAGGUAUUUUAACCGGAAAAAAAAAAAAACUGGAUAAAAUGCUCUGUAGGCUCUGAUUGUAAAGUGUGUUUCAGACAAAGGACUUUCACAGUUAGACUUGGGUCGCCUCCCAGG